AUGACUACCACCAAAUGUGCCACCUACAAAAUGAAGCACAACUCCACAAUAACACAACGCACAACUUUCACAACACCACGUGCCAACGACAGAACAGAACCACUGAGCCACAACCACCAAGUCUCACACACAAACCGCACAACUGUGUCACAACCACAUCAGAUGCAACCAACACACGUCAAACAACCAGUUACACGACCGACAACCACUGAUGCACAACACAGAAACCACCACAGUGCACCAACGACUGAGAACCAACAGCCCACUGAUGCCAACCAACAACCAAUGCACAACCAGAACACCCAACUGUCACCAACACAAACCACAACUGUGCCACCAACAACAGAACCGCCGAAACUGUGCACCAACACCUACCAACAGAUCACCAAACACAACGCGUCAAACUGGCACCAACACCACGUGACCAAAACAGAACACAACAGUGCACCAGACCCAGAACCACGACAACUGUGCACCAACACCAGCCACACACAACAGUCACCACAGUCCACAACAACAGAACGCCGACAACUGUGCACCAACCACCACAGGCCACCAACAACAGAACACCCGACAACUGUGCCACCAACCAACCACGUGACCCAACAACAGACAAACACCACUGGCCCAAACGCCCUGUGCCAACCAAACACCACAGUGUCCACCAACAACAGAACCACGCACUGUACAACACCACAGUGCACAACACGAACACGACAACUGUGCCACCAACACACCACAUGCCAAAACAGAACACCACACUGUGCACAACACCAACAGCCACAACAACAACACCACAAGUGCACCAACACACCACUGCAACAACAGAACAGCCGACAACUAACGCCGACAACUGUGCACAACCACCAAGUGCCCAACACAGAACCCACAACUGUGCCCCAACAAGUGCACCAACAACAGAACGCCGACAACUGUGCCACCAACCACACAGUGCCUCAACAACAGAACGCCGACAACUGUGCACACACACAAACCACGACAACUGUGCCACCAACAACAAGGCACAACGACGCCGACAACUGUGCACACCACCACAGCCCAAACAGAACCGCCGACAACUGUGCCAACCACACAGGCCAACAACAGAACGCCGACACUGUGCCCAACAACAGAACGCCGACAACUGUGCCACCAACAAACAGAACCGCGACACUGUGCCACCAAAACAGAGCCAACUCAAACAAGACGCCGACAACUGUGCACAACCACACACACCAACCACCACAGUGCCACAACAACAGAACGCCGACAACUGUGCCACCAACCACCACAGUGCCUCCAACAACAGAACAGCCGACAACUGUGCCACCAACCACCACAGUGCCUCCAACAACAGAACAGCCGACAACUGUGCACCCCACCACAACAGAACAGCCGACAACUGUGCCACCAACCACCACAGUGCCUCCAACAACAGAACAGCCGACAACUGUGCCUCCAACAACAGAACAGCCGACAACUGUGCCACCAACCACCACAGUGCCUCCAACAACAGAACCGCCGACAACUGUGCCACCAACCAGCACAGUGCCAUUAACCAGCACAGUGAUAACAACAGAAUCGCCGCCAACUGUGUCACCAACCAGUACAGGGCCACCAACAGAAUCACCAUCAAUUGUGAAAUCAACCACCACGGUGCCACAAAAAACAGAAUCGCCGACUGUGCCACCAACCAGCACAAUGCCAACAACAGAAUCAACCACAGUACAGUCAACAACCACAGUAUCAUCAAUAACUUCUGAACCACCAACUACCAAAGUACUAACAACAAUACUACCGCCAACAACUACAAUGCCACCAAUAACCUCUGAGCCAACCACUACACUACCCACAACCAUCCAGGAACAAACAUCUGUUCAACCAGAAACUACACAAAAUACUUUAUCAGAACUGCAGCAAAGAAAAGCACAGUUACUUCAAGAAAUUGAAAGACUCGAGAACCAGAUUGCUGCCUCCAACGCCACUCUCACAGCUCUUCAAAAGACCAAUCAAGCCCUGCAACGAGUCAUUGAAGCCAUCGAGCAAGCCACUGGCAAUUCCGGAAGGAAGCGGCGAUCGCUUACUUACUCUAUCGAUCAAGAUGGCGACACUGUCACGGUCGAUCCAUAUUGUGAGGUAAAUGAGGACAAUGCCGUCACUGGCAACCCAACAGAUCUGCUUCUUACAAUGAUCGAUGAUCUCUCCACCAAGCUGGCCAACCUCACAACCGACCAAAUCACUUGCUUCAAUCAACUCAUUGAGAAUUUCGCUACACUCAUAGAGAAUGGAACCUUUGUCAUCGAUUCCAGUGUAUUAGAUAACAUCACGUCCGCGGUAGAAGCAGCAAGCAGCGUCGUGGGAGACCAAGUCCAGUCGGUUCAGUUGCUCGUCAAUAUUUUGCAAGAGCAAAAACAAAAUAAAACGGAUGAGCUUGACCAAGUGGAGAGCCAACUAGCAGCAACAACAGGUAGAAAACCAGUACACAAAGUUUUAUCGAUGUGUAUGAGCGUAUUUUCAUUAGAAGGUACACACCCUCCAACAACCACCGAAUUUCAUACAACAGAAGCUAAGCUGUCCACCAAUGAAAAAGUAACUACACUGCCACCUAAUUCCACUAAACAACCAACGACUACAAUGCAGCUAACACCACAGAAAACUACUGAGGAACCAACAACCGGAGUUAUAUCAACUACUGAGUUACCAAAAACCACUGAGCAAACAAUCAUAGCAUCAAGAAUAACAACUGACUCACCAACGACAGAAAAUCAACGAACCACACGGUCACCAAAAAACACUGAGCAACUAACAACCAAAUUCUUGCUAACAACCACGGUGUCAACGACAAAAGUAGAACCAACCACACGGCCACAAGUAACCACCGCGCAAUCAAUCACCACGAUGCAACAAACAACUACUGUGUCACCAACGGCCACUCAGCAACCAACAUCCACUGAUGACAAACCACAGUUACAAACACAACAACCAACUCACGUGAUGACCAACAACCACCAUUUCAACAACAACCACUUGUCACCAACGACAGUUCUUAGCAACCACUACUGUGUCACCAACGACCUUGAGCAACCAACAACGACUGCAUGA